AUGUCAGGGUGGAGCAAUGGAAGUUCCAACGUGUCCUACACCAGCUUCCUCCUGGUGGGCUUCCCAGGGCUGCAGGAGUCCCGAGCCCUCCUGGUGCUGCCCUUUCUCAGCCUCUACCUGGUGAUUGUCUCUGCCAACGCCCUGGUCAUCCACACGGUGGCUGCCCAGAGGAGCCUGCACCAGCCCAUGUACGCCCUCAUCGCCCUGCUCCUGGCCAUCAACAUCUGUGCCGCCACCACCGUGCUGCCCGCCAUGCUGUUCAGCUUUUCUACUCACUUCAACCACAUCUCCCUGGCUCGCUGCCUGGUCCAGAUGUUCUGCAUCUACUUCCUCAUUGUCUUUGAUUGCAACAUCCUCCUAGUCAUGGCCCUGGACCGCUACGUGGCCAUCUGCUACCCGCUCCGCUACCCAGAAAUCAUAACUGCCCAGCUGCUGGCUGGCCUGGUGGGGGCGGCAGCUGCCAGGAGCACCUGCAUCGUGGCCCCAGUGGUGGGACUGGCCUCCCGUGUGCGCUUCUGCCGCUCAAAUGUGAUCCAGCACUUUGCCUGUGAGCACAUGGCCCUGAUGAAGCUCUCCUGUGGGGACAUCUCCCUGAACAAGACUGUGGGGCUCACUGUCCGUGUCUUCAACAGAGUCCUUGACAUGCUCCUCCUCGGGGCCUCCUACUCCCGCAUCAUCCACGCUGCCUUCCGGAUUUCAUCAGGUGGGGCCCGCUCCAAGGCCCUGAACACCUGUGGCUCCCACCUGCUGGUCAUCUUCACUGUCUACUCCUCCACCAUGUCCUCAUCUAUUGUCUACAGGCUGGCCCGCACCGCCUCCCAGGAUGUGCACAACCUGCUCAGUGCCUUCUAUCUGCUGCUUCCAUGUCUGGUCAACCCCAUCAUCUAUGGGGCCAGAACCAAGGAAAUCCGGCAGCACCUGGGAACUCUCUUUCAAAAGGCACCACUACAGCCCUCCACUGAAAAGCCCCAGACUCUGGCAUCACAUAAGGAGUCCGCUGCUUGA